CCCAAUCGCCCUGUAGGGCUUUCAAUUCCUGAACAGGGUUUUCCGUGUCUAACACAUGUUCGCUCAAUAGGGCUUUGGAUUUGCGACACUCGUGCUAGGAAGAGAAACAUCACGUGAUGAGGACCCGUCUCAUGCUUCAAGCUCGAGCUCCAAAAGUCGAGACGCGCCCAGCCUUGCGACUUUGAUCUUUAACGCGCCACAUGUGGUGAUAACCAAACCCGGUGACUCUCUCACUCCAUUCAAAUCGAUUAGUCAAACCCGCAAUCAUCAAAUCAUGCCAUCUCCUCCUACGCGUUCUCGGUCGCGUUCGCGUAGCGCAUCUCGCGACCGUUCGCCUACCAGAUCGCCAGCACGCUCUCCUUCGAAUCGCUCAGCGUCGCCGCGGCGCUCGAUAACUCCACGUUCGCCUGCACGCUCACAGUCGCGCAUCUCUCCAUCACUCUCACCACGGCGCAAUGGACGACGAAGCUACACACCAGACAACAGGAACAGUAGAUCACGGUCGCGAAGCCCCAGAGGAAGGAGUUACACGCGCAGUCCAACUCCAAAGGACGCAUCGCCUGCGCCUAGGAGUGCAAAGAUUGUAGUUGAGGCCUUGACCAGAAAUGUCAAAGAAGACCAUGUGCGCGAAAUCUUUAGCAAGUACGGCACCAUCAAAGACUUGAGGAUGCCCAUGAACCCGACAUUCAAUAUAAACCGCGGAAUCGCAUACAUCAUGUACGAAGAAGUUGACGACGCUGAGCGCGCAAUCGCAAAGAUGCACGAUGCACAACUGGACGGUGCCAAAAUCCAAGUUUCGAUUGUCCUUCCUCGACGCCGUUUCUCACGAACACCUUCGCCAGCAUACAGAGGGCCGCCACCGCGGGAAAGAUUCCAAGACGAUCACAAUGGCCGUGGAGGAGGACCACCUGGCGCCUACCGACCACCACCCAUGGGCGGGCCAUCGCGCUACCGUUCACCAUCACCAAGAGGAGGUUAUCGAGGACGCGGCAGAGGUCGUGGGCGAGGAGGUGGUGGUGGUGGCGGUGGCCAUGGAUAUCGUCCACGCUCAUACUCUAGGAGCAGGUCACCGCGUCGAAGUCCUACGCGGUCGUCUUACUCUCGAUCGCCAUCUAGAUCUCCGCCGAGACGACGAGGCGGUGGAGGUGGUGGCAGUGGUGGGAGGAGAGAUUCUCCACCAAGACGAGGACGGGGUGGUGGAGGUGGUGGAGGAGGGGGAGGCAGAAGGAGCCCGAGUUAUAGUUCCUACGGCAGCUACAGCCCGCGCGAUCGCAGUAGGAGCAGGGAUCGCAGAUGAAAUGGAUUAACGGAUGUAGUUGGUUCACGCAUCACUUGGUUAGGAUAGCUUAGUGCCCUUUGGGCCCGCGAAUCAACAAAAAAUUGGACACGAGACGCCUCCCAUUCUUAAGUG